UUUGUUUCUUUCAGGUAAAAGAAAAGGAAAAACCAAUAGCAAAAACCUUUUAUCUCAUUUUCUUUUCGAUUUUCAACUGCUUAGGAAGCUGCAAGCUUGAAGAAUUAUUUUUAGUGUCAAACAAGAUGGAUCCCAGUAGUGAUUACCAUUUCUUAAAUCAGAUUUUGGGUAGAAGGGUGAAAAUUACUUUAGUCUGUGGCAUCUUCCAGGGUGUGCUUCAACAUGUGGACCCUAGCAAGAUAAUUGUUCUAAAAAAAGUCAAGAAUUUGGAGACUGGCAGAAGUGUCCCAGGAGUGAAAAUGUUUUUUGGCCAUGAAAUUGUGAAUGUGGAACUGCUGGAUGAUAUGGAACAAGGAGUAGGAGAAAAGACAGCUUCUGUCAGGGAUAGCCUAAAAACAGAAGGAACAAGGAUGGACAAAGUGAAAGAAGCAGACCAGAGUCAGAAUGAUUCAGCUUCUCCUUCCUUUGAGUCACAUACUAUCACCUUGCUGAAUGACUUAAAAUACAGUCCAUCAGAGGAAGAAGAUGUGACGUACACAGUAGUUAAUCAGUUCCAACAAAAGUUUGGUUCUGCUAUGCUGCACAUCAAGAAACAGAGUGUCCUGAGUGUGGCAGCUGAAGGAGUUAAUUUAUGUCGUCAUGGGAAACUCUGUUGGCUUCAGGUGGCAACAAGUAGUCGGGUUUACUUAUUUGACAUUUUCCUUCUGGGAAGUCGAGCUUUCAAUAAUGGACUUCAGAUGGUAUUAGAAGAUAGAAAGAUUUUGAAGGUUAUUCAUGAUUGUCGUUGGCUUUCUGACUGUCUUUCUCAUCAGUAUGGAAUUGUUCUUUCCAAUGUAUUUGACACACAGGUAGCUGAUGUCCUUCAGUUUUCCAUGGAAACAGGUGGUUUUCUUCCACACUGCAUCAGUACCUUGCAGGAGAGCUUAAUUCGACAUCUUAAAAUGUCCCCCAAAUGUGUCUCCUUCCUGGAUGACAAGCAAAAGAUGGUUCAGGAGAAUCCUGAAAUAUGGUUUAUGCGACCCCUGCCACCUUCCUUGCUGAAAGUUCUAGCACUGGAGACUAUGUAUUUGCUGCCCCUUCGCUUGUUGCUUCUGGAUGAGAUGAUGUCUGACCUGACUACACUGGUGGAUGCAUACUUGAAUACCUAUCGGGAAGGAUCUGGAGAUUUGUUAGGAGGCACUGAGCCAUCAUGUAUGGAACUACCAGAGGAAUUGCGUCAGUUGAUGGAUUUCCAGAGACUUCGAAGAGAACGAGCCAUGAAAGAUUAUGAGACAAAUGCAGAGGGGCUUCUUGUCAGACCACAACUAACAUAUCCCAAAGAAAAGGCAGUGGAAGAAGAAGGGAAACAGAAAAGCACUAGAGGUUCUUUGUCUUUUGAAGGAGCCAGGCUUCCUAAAACUUUGGAUUUAGGAUAUCUCAAACCUCAGCAGGCUCAGGAAGAUACAUGUUUGCCGAAACAAGAAACAAAAUAUGACAGUAAACAAGUGAGAACAAAACAUCAACAUGCAUCUUCCACAGGGAAGGCCACAGAAACAGGUGACUCUACCACAAAGACAUCUAAUUGCUUUGGCUUACAGGGUUCAAAGGAUGUCAGAGUAACUCAGAAGGAACAAACUGAUAUGCCAAACAAGACUCAAUCCAGCAUGUCCUUACAAGAGAAAAUAGAGCUGCUGUUGAUGGGGGGAAAGGAAGAUGAGAAUGUAGAAAAUAAAGUGUCUGUCUCUUUCUCUUCUGCAGGAAACUAAUGUUUUCUAGGAGAUUACUUUAAAGAGAACUAUAGUUCCCUAAUCUUACUCUUAUCCAAAAUAACAUUGGAUAAGCCUUGAAGAAGCCUGGCUCUUAGCUAAAUUCAUAUAUAACUGCUCUGCAAACCUGGAAGCAGGCUUUCAGUCUCUGUAAUGGAACAUGUGUGUAGUCAUCUUCCUAGCUUUGUAAGUAUAGGAAGACUUAGUUUUUUCCCUAGUGUGUAUAAUUUCUGGUUCUUUUCUGUCUUCACUUCCUCACUUCAUUAGUUUUUUAUUUGUUUUUGUUAUGGUGAGGGUGAGAAAAAAGACAUGUUAAAUAAUGGAGAAAGUCAGAUUCAAAAUUAUAUAUACCAUUGUAUGGCAAGGUUACCAGUGGGAAUAGUUAUUUCUAUUGUAUACAAAAGUUUGAAGUAGAAGAAAAUCUUAUUUGAUUAUCAAAAAGUCAUUUCUCUACCUGGGGGAAGUUUGAUUUAGUUUUGAGAGAGGUGGUGAAUUUUAGUUUCAGUCAUAUUUAUUUACCUGUAGAGCACUUUACUGUUAGUACAUUGUAACCUUUACUGUUUUUACUACUGUUUUUCUCCUUUGUUUUUAAUCACUUUGUGCCAUAGCACAUCAGUGAAUUAUAUUUCAAAUUUCUUUCUGCCAAGGAAAUUUUUAUUAUUUACCCCUGUUCUUGAAGCAAUACAUUGUCAACUGCUUAGCACAUGGAUUUGAUUUACUGUUUUCAUAAAUUGUAUCUAAUGGGUGUGUUUUUCUUUAAAUCCUUAGGCAAGGUCCUCAGGUAUGUCUUUAGAUGCUGAGUGUUUGCUUAUUGAGCCUAUCUAUGUAGUUUGAGAUUUCAAAUUUUUGUUUUAUUAAAGAUAAAGAAGUUUGUAUUGAUACUUGAUGUUCUCAAAAAAUUUGCUCAGAGGAUCAGGGUUUGAUUUUUAUGAAAUAAUCCAGAGGAAACCUAGUUAUCUUUAAAACAUGGUAUUUUGAAAGGUUAUUUGUGUAUCUCAUAUCCUAAUUUUAGUGAUUAGAAUGGAAACUCAUAACAAGGUGUUUGAUAACUGCUUUAGAUGAAGCCUGGAAAGACGUAAGGACGAUUUAGUCAGUUUAUUUAAUAAUUUAAAAUUGCUUUCCAAAAUGAUUGGGCCAACUUAUACUCCAUAUAUGGAACAUUCUUGUACCUUCUUUUCAUAACCCAUAACAAUAGUGAUUAUUCUCAUCUUUUGCUCUUUACCUUUGAGGCAAAACCUCACAUUUGUUUUGAUUAACAUUUCUGUUAGUGAUUUGGAGCAUUUCAUAUGAUUAUUUGUAACUUUACAAUUCUUUUUCUGAUGAGACUUUAUAUCUUUUGAUUAAUUUUUGAAGAAUAGUUUUUUAUCUUUUAUUUGUUAUCCAUGCAUCUUGAAUAUCAGAGUUUGAUCAGAAAUAUUUUAUGUAGACAUCUCCUUCCAAUGAUAAGAUUCUUUUCUUAGGGGCUUUAUUUAAUUAAAGCCUUAGAGUUUUACAUAAUAUUUUUAUAAUUCUUUGUGAUGACUUUCAAGAAGAAGAAUGUCGAAGAAAAAAAGUAGAUGAUGUAAAGGAAAAAAUAUCUAAAAGCAUUUUAAAAUAAGAAAAUGUAUAGGAGAUUUGCAAAGAGAUUUAGUUUAGGUCAGUAAGUAGUGAUGGGAAUCUGAACUGAGUCAUAUUAGUGGGAAUGUAGAAAGGGACACAUGGAUGAUAUCACUGCAGCAUUGAUAAGACUGCAAAUGAAUGGAUGUGUAGAAUGUUUGUAACAAAAAUAAAAGAGCUACUCUUUACUCAAUUCAAUAAGUUUAUUAAAUACCUACUAUGUUCUAGACCAAAUGUAACUGAAUGUGAGAUUGUGAAAUAUUUGGCACAAUAAAAAAAGCUUUCUGAAUGUAACAACCAAAAAA